CGGAAGGCGACAUCCUUGAAAUGGUAAAAAGGGUAAGCCCCGGCACACCUUAGGCCGGCCGUGUGGGGAAGGGACGGUCCUACGGCCUCGGCAAUUUUCACAUGAUCCGCGAAUUACAAAGCUUCAAUUAACAAAGCUCGAGCUUAAAGCUUUUAAGCUAGCAUUUUAAGCUUCCAAAACUACGUCAACGACUCGUAAGAAACAACUUCAUCUGUCGCCAAUACGACCGUACCAUCUCAAUUCCGAUUUUGAGUUGGAAUCUUCCAUAGUAUCCCGCGUCUCGGAUCGUCUAACGGAAGUGGGAUGUGAAGAAAAGGAAAUCGUAAAACGACGACAUUCCCUACCUCCUACGUAUCGCAUAUAAGAGACGAGACUAGAUUCAAACUCGCAAUGGCAUCAGUAGCAGCAGUAGCCUUGCCGCGCGCUAUCCUGCGCUCGGCUCAAAGGCCCUCCGCCGCAGUUGUUCGACGACUCCUGCUCCACCGUCCACUAAGCAGCACCCAUGCCGUGCGGGUCGAUGUCUUUGCGCAUAAUCCGCCGCCCAUGGAGCCGCAUAAGCAGCGUGGCCCGCAGCAGGACAUUGAAGUCGGCGAGCUCGAGGGCACCGAGUUCCGCGUCGAGCCAAUGCGCCGAAUUGGCGAGGAUGACGUUACUAUUCGCGCCCGGCUAGUCUACCAGAGCCGCAAGCGCGGAACCCUCGAAUCAGACCUUCUACUCUCCACCUUUGCGGACGAGUACCUACCCGCCAUGACCCGCGAGCAGAUGGACCAGUACGACCGCUUCCUCGACGAAAACGACUGGGACAUAUACUACUGGGCCACGCAGGAUCCCCCCUCCAACACCUCUUCCGAGGCACCCCCCUCCAUAGCAACGCAAGACACCAGCUCCGCAGACUACGCCGGCGGCGCCGAGGCCGCUAUCUCAGAAGCCACGCCUCUAGAUACCGACUCCUCAACCGCAUCUCCGUCCGGUCCGGCAACUACCACCACCUCGGAGCACCUAACCACAGGCGGCGCCCCGCUGUCAGGCGACUCGUCGUCCCACAAGGAAUCCGCGGCGGGGAACGCUGCGGCCGCCGUAUCUGCGGAGCCGUACCGCACGCAGGCCGAGACGGGCGAGUGGGCGCAGACGGUGGGGACUUUUAAGCCGGCGUAUCGGCCUGUGCCCGCGCGAUGGCGCGACAGCGAGGUGCUGCUCUUACUGCGGGAGCAUGUGAAGGCGCGGUCGAAGGAGAAGGGCGGUAUGGCGUUUAUGCCUUCGCUGCGAUGAAGGGGGUUUAACGGAUCGUGGCAUUUACUCCAAGGGAGGAGGAGUAUGAAAAUCAUGCGUGGCAAGUAAGGGUGUGUGGCCCCCUUGCUUUGCGAUUACUACGGAAGCUUUAUGUACAAAUGUAUUUAAUUGUGUUAAGACGACAGACAGCAUGAGAUAAAACGGAACGUAGGUAUGAAAAUAUAUAUGGUGCUGGGUGGUCUUGGUAGUGUACGAUUCUGUGGGUUGGUGUUGAGGAAUAUAUCAUAUAACAGGUAGGUAUGCAUAUACAUAUCCUAGAGUUGAAUGAGACUGAAGUCUCAAAAAAUAAACAUACAGGUGCCAUUUACUCUUGGCACAUUA